AUUUAUUACUGUAGUUAUUUUUUUUCUUCUUCUCAAAUCACCAUAUCUGUCGGCCCUGCCGCAUCCUGGUAAAUUACUGUAUAUAUUAAUACUGCUUUAAGGGCUCACUAGUCUUAUUCGGUUCAUACCAAUUGACUAAGUGCGAACCUUAAUUAAUUAAUUAAUUCCGCAAUUUUUUUUCUUUUCAUCUCUCUCUUUCUCUCUUUUCCCAAUCCCGAUUCCCUUCUGCUUAUGCUUACACGUUCACGUGGUGCAAAUUGUGAAUUGUUAUUCUUCUCUGACAUUGAAAAGCACAUACGUGAACAGAAAAAAAUAAAAAAAAUGUCAAACGAUGUUGUUGUAAAUGAGCAGGAACCAGAUCAACAAAUCGUGGAUCAGGUUACAAGGACCAGGAAAGCGUUGUAUGAUUAUGUUACGCCUCCCGUGGAUGAGCAUGACAGUGUUAUUCCACCGGAGGUUAACAUGAACCAAUUUGAAAUCAAGCCUGCUAUCAUCCACAUGGUUUCAAAUGAUCGAUUUGGCGGAGCGCCAACGGAGGAUCCAAAUAAUCACAUCACAAAGUUCCUUCGAGCUUGCAACACCUUCAAAAUCAAUGGUGUGCCAUCUGAUGCUGUCAGACUACGCCUAUUCCCAUUCUCUCUACGGGAUCGAGCUCAGAGUUGGCUUGACUCUUUUCCAGACAAUCACUUCUCCACUUGGGAUCAACUUCAUGGUGAAUUUCUCAAAAGAUUUUUUCCGCCAUCUAAAACGGCGAAAAUCCGGAGAAUGAUUCAAAAUUUCAAACAAAAUCCCAAUGAGCCCCUCUAUGAGGCUUGGGAAAGAUUCAAAGAUCUUCAGCGACAAUGUCCACAUCACAACAUCCAAAACUGGCACUUGAUGACGGCUUUCUAUGAAGGCCUAAGUGAAAAUUCUCGGAUACUUGUGGACGCGUCCGCAAAUGGAUCAUUCAUGUGCCUAGAACUUGAAGAGGCAGAAGAAUUGAUGGAACGCAUUUCAUCAAAUGGAUCAACAUGGUAUUCUGAGCGAUCAUCUGCUCCACCAAAAAUCGGAGGCAUGUACGAAGUUGA